AUGCUGAAAUAUGAUUACGGUGAAGUGGCCGUAAUUGUACUGCUCUUCUUUGCCUGCCUUGCCGAGGCUCAGUAUCGUCAGUGCCUACAGGGUGGAGUGAUUGGACCAUGCGUGGAUCUUCUAAAUCCACGAACACAAAAGUCAGACUGUCCAUCUAGACAGUACCUUUGCGAAAAUCGCAUCUACUACGACCUCAUGACACAACAAUGUCCGUGGACAUGCCGUAGAUGUCCACCAGGAACAGUACCUACACCACCUUAUUCCCAGGCGCCUGGAGCGCCUUAUCCUCCAGCGCCUGUCGUGCCUGCACCAAGGGCGUGUCGCGAUCUUCUGAAUCCACUAACACGAAGGUCAGAUUGUCCAUAUAGAUGGUAUCUUUGCCAAAAUCCCAUCUACUACGACCUCAUGACACAACAGUGUCCGUGGACAUGCAAGAGAUGUCCUGACCAGAGCACACCCGCUCGACCUGUCGUCACUCCUGCCACACCUCCUGUGACACCUGCAGCAUGUGAAGAUGCGGUGAACCCGAAAACAAAGACUUCGAACUGCGAGAAUAUAUCUUACCUCUGUCAAGAUCCGGAUUAUCGCGAGAUCAUGAAAGAGAAAUGCCCGAGAACUUGCGGACACUGCCCUCCUUGA